AUGGCUUCCCCUGUUGUCCUCAUCUUCGGUGCUGGCUCCAACGUCGGAACCAGCGUAGCCAAAGCCUUUCUUGCAAAAGGACACAAAGUUGCUCUCGCCUCGCGAUCCCAGAACCCCGAUACUUCGACAGAAACCGAGCUGCACAUUCCCACCGACUGCAGCGAUACCAGCUCUGUGGUGGAUGCCUUUGCCAAAACUAAGAGUGCAUUCGGGUUUCCUACCGUCGUUGUUUACAAUACGUACGCGGGUCAAUGGAACGACGCAGAUGACAUCUUCCAGGUCCCGUUGGAUCAUUUCCAGAGCAGUACUAUUGUCAACAUUGUCAGCGUCUACGCAGCAGCCCAAGAAGCUGUAAAAGGCUGGGCCGACCUCCCUGCUUCGAGCAAGCCCACUUUCAUCUUAACCGGCAACUGCGCAAACGUCACUCCUCUUCCAGUCAUUAUGACAUUGAGUGUCGGCAAGACGGCUUCGGCGCAUUUGAUUGAGAUAGCUUCCAGCAGCUACAGGAACAAGGGAUAUAGAUUUUACUACGCUGAUGAGAGGCUGGAAGAUGGUGCACCUAUGUGGAAUGGCGUAUCAGCAGAAGGACACGCUCAGUUUUAUCUUGAGCUGGCUGAGGAUGAACCACGAGAAUGGUAUCAGACGUUUGUCUCGGGUCUUGGAUAUAGAAAGCUACCUGCACCCAAGAUCGAAAGGCCGGCAUAA